AUGGCGGAAGGCGGAGCUCCCCCAGGCUCAGUAAACCUCGCAACCUUGAGCGUGCCCCAACUCCGCUCGCUCCAAACACGCCUAACAUCCGAACUGGAACACCUUACAACAUCACACACGAAGCUGCGCGCCGCACAGGCCAAAUUCCGUGACUGCGUGCGCUCCAUCACCGACGGUGUCACAGGCUCCAAGGAGAAGGGCACCGAGGGUCGUGAGGAGAUUCUCGUCCCGCUGACCAGCUCGUUGUAUGUCAAGGGCCGAUUGACGGAUCGGGAGAAGGUUCUCGUUGAUGUUGGUACUGGGUUUUAUAUUGAGAAGACUCCUCCCAAGGCUAUUGCUUUCUACGACGAUAAGGUCAAGGGUUUGGAUGCCAAUUUGCAGGAACUGGAGAAGAUUGUUUCUGGGAAGAGUCAGCAGCUGCGUGUUGUUGAGGAGGUUCUCCGACAGAAGAUGCUUGCUGGUGAAGCGCCCGAACAGCCGGCUGCGGCGAGCGCGUAA